UGUUAUCGAUAAAACUUGUAACGCAGCUCAUGUGUUUGUCGAAAGCUCCACAAUACUUUUGCCCGCCACUGGCUUAUAAAAGUGACAGACAGCUGUGUGCUCCGUGCAUAGUUUUUUCAGUUUUUGAGCCAAUUCGACGCAAGACGAAUUAGUUUACAUAUUUACUGCAAUCUCAACACGAACUGAGCACAUAAAGAAAUACAUUAUGGCUAGCGCCGUGCCAACGAUUAAAUUAAAUAGUGGUCACAGCAUUCCCAUCAUCGGUUUGGGCACCUGGAAUAGCCCUCGUGGUGAAGUGGUGCAGGCUGUUAAAACUGCCAUCGAUGUUGGAUAUCGUCACAUUGAUUGUGCCUUCGUCUAUGAGAACGAGGCUGAAGUCGGCGAUGGCAUCGAGGCCAAGAUAAAGGAAGGCGUUGUUAAGCGCGAGGAUUUGUUCAUCACUAGCAAGUUGUGGAAUACUUUCCACCGUCCCGAUUUGGUGAAGGGUGCUCUUGAAAAUACAUUGAAACUGUUGAAGCUUAAGUAUCUAGAUCUGUACUUGAUCCACUGGCCAAUGGGUUUCAAGGAGGGCAACGAUCUGUUCCCAGUCGACGAGAAAGGCCAAACUCUGUAUUCGCCCGACGAUUACGUGGACACCUGGAAGGAGAUGGAGAAACUGGUUGAGGCAGGCCUAGUCAAAUCAAUUGGCAUUUCCAACUUCAAUAAAAAUCAAAUUGAACGAAUCUUGGCGAUUGCCAAAAUUGUGCCAGCCACAAAUCAGAUUGAAUGCCAUCCCUAUCUAACCCAGAAGAAACUGUGUGAUUUCUGCAAAUCGAAGAAUAUUACCAUAACAGCUUACAGCCCGUUGGGCAGUCCGAAUCGUCCAUGGGCCAAACCGGGUGAUCCAGUUAUCCUGGAGGAAGAAGCUAUUAAGAAAAUCGCUCAGGCCAAGAAUAAGACACCUGGCCAAAUUCUGAUUCGUUAUCAGGUGCAGCGCACCAACAUUGUUAUACCAAAAUCGGUGACCAAGGAACGCAUCGAAUCAAACUUCAAAGUCUUCGAUUUCGAGCUGACACCCGAGGAAAUCAAAAUCAUUGAGAGUUUUGAGUGCAAUGGUCGUCUGGUGCCACUGAUAAAUCACCACGGUCAUCCUCACCAUCCGUUCGUAAAUGAUGAAUACUAAAUGGAGCUUAAUGUUUACAACUGUUCUACGCUAUUAAUCCCAUAUUUAUGUACUUAUGGUACAAUGAAAAUGAAAAAAGAUAAUGGAAAUAUAUAUAUAUACAUAUAAACAUAAAUAUGUUAUCAUAAUUAUGAUUCUAAAAUACUGUGAACUCAAAUAAACAAGCUUUGUCUUCGAAA